UUAGUCUGUCCAUUUCAUAUUCUUGAUCUAAGACAUAACUUCAUCGAGGGAGAAAUACCACAUCAAUUUGGUAUCAUGGUUAACAUAAGCAUUUUGGAUCUUAGCCACAACAAGCUAAGGGGCAUGAUUCCUAAAUCCUUAACGCCAAAGGAAAAGGUCAAUUUGUCCUAUAACUUUCUGGAGGGUCCUAUUCCACAUUACUUGAGUGGUUUUCCCCCUGACUCAUUUCGGGGAAACAAGCACUUAUGUGGAAAGAUACCAGGUUUCUUUCUUUGCCCUUCUACACCAGGCAACAAGGUAAUAAUUGCUAGAAUCGUCAUCCCAAUUGUUGGCUUUUUAGCCUUAUUGUCUAUGGGUUUUCUUCUUUACUUAAGAUGCAGAGUAGGAAUACUUUUAAAUCAAAUGUCACAAAAAAUGGAGAUUUAUUCUCAAUCUUGAACUUUGAUGGAAGAAUUGCAUUUCAAGACAUCAUUAAUGCGACAGAGGGCUUUGACAACCGAUACUGGAUUGGGACUGGUGGUUAUGGUAGUGUUUAUAGAGCACAAUUACCAAGUGGAAAGAUUGUUGCUGUAAAGAAACUUAAUCAUAGAGAAGCAGAGGUCACAACUUUUGAAAAGAGUUUCAAGAAUGAGGCAAAAAUAUUAUCAGAAAUACGACACAAGAACAUAGUGAAGCUUCAUGGAUUUUGUCUCCAUAAUCGUUGCAUGUUUUUGAUUUACGAAUACAUGGCUCGAGGGAGCUUAUUUUGUGUUCUCGCCCAUGAUAACGAAGCAAUGGAGCUGGAUUGGAUCAAAAGAGUGAUGAUAAUCAAAGAUACAGCAUGUGCUUUAUCUUAUCUGCAUCAUGAUUGCCACCCACCAAUAAUUCAUCGAGACAUAUCAAGCAAUAACAUUUUAUUGAACUUCAAUCUUGAGGCUUGUGUCUCGGAUUUUGGCACAGCUAGACUCAUUGACCCUGAUUCGUCUAAUCAAACAAUGCUUGUUGGCACCUACGGUUAUAUUGCACCAGAACUUGCUUAUACUAUGGUUGUAACUGAAAAAUGCGAUGUCUAUAGUUUUGGAGUAUUGGCACUUGAAACACUCAUGGGAAAGCAUCCUGGUGAACUCUUGGUAUCACUAUCGGCAUCAUUUUCCAAGAAUAUAAUGUUAAGUGAUAUUUUAGAUCCACGUUUAUCGCUUCCAAGCGAUCGAAGAGUUGCAAAGGAUAUUGUUUUUGCUGCAACUGUGGCCUUUGCUUGCUUAAGGUCGAACCCAAAGUUCAGACCUACAAUGAAGUGUGUGUCUCAAGAGUUCCUUUCUCGAAAAAGACUAGUAACAAAUCGUCUCCAAGCUAUUUCUCUCUUGCAACUCAAGGAACAUGAUAUGUAUUUGGAUGAUAAAGGCAAAAUUCAAGCUCAGGAUUCAAGGGAAGAUGGUUAAAUCCAUGCCAUUUCUUCAACUUAAUUUUCAUGUCUAACAUUAUUUGAACAAUGUGAGGCAUCUCCUUGUUAUUAGAUCUCUUUAUUUUAUGUCUUUUCAUUCGACAUCAGAUGUUAGCAUUCUACUUUUGAAUGCUACCCUCUAUGUCUUUUUUUGCAAAUAUAAGUUCUGGGUAUAAACUCUAAACCUUAACCCCUACUUUUAUUAUCAUUAAUUUUAGUGGAGAAAAUUGAUAUAGAAA